CAGAUAUAGUGAAUGCAGGGUCCAGGGAGACCAGAUAUAGUGAAUGCAGGGUCCGGGGAGACCAGAUAUAGUGAAUGCAGGGUCCGGGGAGACCAGAUAUAGUGAAUGCAGGGUCCGGGGAGACCAGAUAUAGUGAAUGCAGGAUCCUGGGAGACCAGAUAUAGUGAAUGCAGGGUCUGGGGAGACCAGAUAUAGUGAAUGCAGGGAUCCUGGGAGACCAGAUAUAGUGAAUGCAGGGUCUGGGGAGACCAGAUAUAGUGAAUGCAGGGUCCGUGGAGACCAGAUAUAGUGAAUGCAGGGUCC